CGGUGUUGGAAGUCGUCAUACAGUAAAGUAAAAGCAUUAUAAGUAAUCCUAAGAGUUUCACUUGUUUAUUACGCAUCAGUGAAUGAGUUCUAUGCUUCAAAUUAAGAUAUGCCGAUGAGCAGUGAAGUGAACUCCACGGCCAAUGAAGACUGCGUAACGAUUGAUAUUAAUGAAAUGCUUAAAAAACUUGAAUCUCAAGUAUCCUCUGAUAGUUGCAUUUUCAAAGUGCCUGAUGAAUUACGAAGCGUUAAUGAGAAGGCAUAUGAACCGCAGAUGAUUGCAAUUGGUCCUUAUCACCACGGUAAACCUCGUUUAAUUGCCAUGGAAAAGCACAAAAGACGAUUUCUUAAAAGCUUCCUUCAACGGACAUGUGAGAAUGAUGUAUCAAGGUAUGUCCAGCUCUUAAGAAGGUGGGAAGAAAGUGCUCGUAAAUGUUAUGCAGAACCCCUGCACCUUUCUGAAGAUGAAUUUGUAGAAAUGAUGCUUCUUGAUGGUUGCUUUAUUAUCGAGUUUUUAUGCAAAUUGACAAAACGUGAAGGUGACCCUCUUUUUCGGUUGAUUCAUAAAUUGACUAGAUUAAAGCUGGACCUGUUAUUACUUGAAAAUCAACUUCCAUUCUUCAUACUUUGGGAGUUGCUUGUCAUGAGCAAUGUAAUUUCAAAGCCAGAAAACAAUUUCAUUAUGAUGAUUUUGAAGGCCUGUAAAUGGUAUCGACCAGGCCCAGUGUAUGAUCCAAGACUUUUAUACACUUCAGAAGAGGUGAAGCAAUUCAAGAAUCUACUGGGAUUGAUACAUGAACACUGGCAACCUUCCACUAAAAGAAUGCUGGCGUAUUCGGAAAGAAAAAUAAAUGAAAGAAAAACAUCUACACGUUGUGCCAGAGAGCUCAAAGAGGCAGGGAUUGGGUUCAAGAGUGUUAAGGGAUGUAAUAUGUUCGAUAUAGAGUUUGAAAAUGGAAGAAUUAAAAUCCCAAAAAUACGAAUUGAAGAUAAAACAGAGUGUGUCCUGCGAAAUCUUAUUGCCUAUGAGCAGUUAACUUAUUCCCGACGUCGUAGAUACUUCACUGAUUAUAUGAUAUUCAUGGAUAGCCUCAUCGAUUCUGCAAAGGAUGUGGAGAUACUUUGUCGCCAGGGGAUCAUUGAGAACUGGAUGGGUGACGAUGAAACCAUUGCUUUUUUAUUCAACAAGAUGGGGGAACAUGUCUUCCACAACAGAGUUCUCUACGCUGAUAUAGAGGACAAAGUAGACAAGCACUGCAAAAGAAAAUGGAAUCUGCAGAUGGCCAAGUUAAGGCGUGAUUAUUUUAACAGCCCAUGGGCCUUCAUCUCGUUUUUAGGUGCUAUAAUCCUGCUCCUUCUCACCGGGAUUCAAACUGUGUAUUCAGUUCUUUCUUAUUUUAAACAAAUGCCUUUCUGAUUCAUGUUGUCAUGCAUGAAAGCUCAUGUACUAAAAGUGUGUAGUUCCUAUCAUACAUGUAUGCUAAAAAGUUGAUUAAGUAAAGUCUGGUUUAAGAGCAUAUAUA